GAAAAACAUCACGAUACCGAACUCCGGUGUCGGACCGAGAUACUUGUACGCCCUUUUCAAUGUCAUGGCAUUAGCUCGCAGCCAUCUUGACAAGAUAACAUAGUAGAUAACUAUAUACCGGCCGACGAUCCGACCGAGAUCCGGUCGUAAGAAACAUUAUAAGAGAAGCAGAUAUCUCCGCACGUAACGAAGAUUCCUAGUAGCACUAACGGAACAUCAAUAUGGUGUCCAACAACUUCAUCCUCACAGCAGAAGCUCACUCCGAAGCCUUACCCAAAUUCCAUUUCUCAACUCAAGCCGUCCACGCAGAUGACUUUGUCAGUCCUCACCGGGCCAUCGCCCCGGCUCUUCACUCCGCUGUGAACUAUCGCUAUGCCCGCAACCCUGAUGAUCUCGUUGAGAUGGAAAACGACGAUCCAAAUGCUCCAUUCGAUUCACACGUUUACUCUCGCUACACAGCCCCCAACUACAACAGACUAGAAAUCGUCCUCAAGACCCUCUUUAAGAACCCGGUUGUAUCUUACUCCUCUGGCGUCGCAGCUUUUCACGCAAUGUUAAUUGCUAUUAACCCCAAGAAAAUUUUUAUUUCUGAUGGUUAUCACGGCGUUCAUGCUGUAAUAGAAAUCAUGACCAAACUCAACGGUCUAAAGAAGCUUUCGCUCGAUGAUCUUGACCAAGCGGGGCCAGGGGAUAUGAUCCAUAUCGAAACACCGCUUAACCCAACAGGUGAAGCUCGGAAUCUUGCGCUCUUUAGUAAGAAGGCUAAAGAGACUGGGGCGUUGCUUACUGUUGAUGCUACGCUUGCGCCGCCGCCGCUGCAAGAUCCGAUUCAGUUCGGUGCGGAUUUGGUUAUGCAUAGUGGGACGAAGUAUAUCGGUGGACACUCUGAUAUGCUCUGUGGUUUUGUCAUUGUUUCUCCGGAGCGGGUUAAAUCUGGCUUGGAGAAGACGUUGAGAGAUGAAAGAAUGGUAUUGGGAAAUGUGAUGGGGAGUUUGGAAGGUUGGUUGGGUAUCCGAUCACUGCGAACUCUUCACCUACGAGUGAUGCGUCAGUCCCAAACUGCCGAAGCUUUGGUAUCAUGGCUCAACGCCGGUCUUUCAGACUCAUCCUCUGUUAUCGGCCGUAUAGUCCACAAGAUCGCACACUCAUCCAUCCAACAAGACGCCGAGUGGCUGAAGGGACAAAUGCCAGGUGGUCACAGCCCCGUUUUCAGUCUAUGGCUGAAGAGGCCAGAGCAUGCGAAGUGUUUACCGAGCAAGCUGUUUAUUUUUCAGCAUGCUACGAGCUUAGGUGGUGUUGAGAGUUUGUGCGAGUGGCGUGCUAUGUCGAGCCGUGGGGAGGAUCAGAGGAUGUUGAGAAUUAGUACUGGAGUGGAAGACUUGGAGGAUCUAAAAGGGGAUUUGAUGCAGGCUUUUGAGGCUUUGUUGGCAAAGUUUCCAUGAGAUAUGAUAUGUGUUGUUGCCAAAUACUUGAAGUUUAUUGUAAAUAGUUGUGAAGCCGUGAUUCUACAUGUAAACUUGUUGAUUUCAGUUAAGAUACGAG